UCUUUAUAAAGGGGCUUCAUAUAAACAUUAUAUUACCAAUUUUUAUUUGCUUCAAUCAAAUCUCUUUACUUUUAUCCAUGACUUGGAAAUUUAUGUUAGUCUUAGCAUGGGUAACUAUACUAAUUUGUUCGACAACGGCUUCGAGUAAGGGAGGAGAAAAUUAUGUUCGCGAUGCAUGCAGUGUGACUCGAUACCAGGACAUCUGCAUGCAUUCGCUAGCAUCAUUUUCGAGCACGGCCAAGAACAACCCUAGCAAGUGGGCCCGGGUCGGGGUCUCGGUGACCUUAAGCCAAGCCAAGGGUGUUACUCAAUCCCUAUUGAAAUUGAAGAAACACAAUUCCUUGAAAGGGAGAGGAAGAGUUGCUCUUUUAGAUUGUGCUGAAUGUUUUCAAGAUGCACUUGACAAUCUUCACAACUCACUUGGUGUGCUAAGAAAACUUAGCAGCCAAACUUUUAAUGACCAAAUGGGAGAUGUGACUACUUGGCUAAGUGCUGCACUUACUGAUGAAGUUACUUGUUUAGAUGGAUUUGAAGACCAAAGGAGGAGAAAACAAGUUAAGUUACUCUUAAAUAGAGUCACAAAUGUGAGUUACAUGACCAGCAAUGCACUUGCUUUGGUUAACAAGCUUGCAACAACUGGACCAGAAUGCUUAGAAAAUUCAUAGAAGAAAUUAAAGAUUUUUCUUACAUCUGGUAAAUAAUUACUUCCUUAUAUGUAAUACCAACCAUAUCAAUAUAUUUUGGGUCAAUUUUUUUUCCCCAACAAUCUCUCUACCUUCACCAGGUACAAGUACGAUCUACGUAUACGCUACCCUUCCUAGACCCCGCUUAUGGAAUUACACACUUUUAUUCACUGAAGAUAUUUUUCUCCUCUGAUUGAAAGUGCAUUAUAGUUCAAUAUGACAGUGUCGCAUAAGAGUUAAAGUUGGUAUUUAUACUUUAACUUGUGCUUACACGUUGGAGAAAGAAGUGUAUUUUACAAUGAAAUAGAUGUUAUUUGAAAAUGACAAGUAAUAACAAGUAGACACAUCAUCCUUAGAAAAUCACAUUCAUGGAUGUCUUCACAGCAAGUAAUAUCCAUUCAUAUUCCAACUUUGACAUAGUUAUUGUCUAAAGACUAGCAAUAGAUACAUGAUUCUGAUGGAGGGCAUUACAAAUUAAACAAAAUACAAACAACCAAAGAUUUUGGACCCCACCACGGAAUGGCGAGAUGGAUGAAAUUCCUCCACCCUUUUCGAGCUUUGGGGAUGGGACAAACUCCUAGAAGGAAGAAGAAACUACUCAAGACACUGCAUUUCAAAUUAAGGAUGCUAAAGUUGAGCAAAAAACAACGAAUUGGGCAACAACACCUAUCCAACUCAUAGCCUGUUUGGCCAAGCCGGAGAAAUCAGCUUAUUUUGAGAAGUACUUUUUUCAAAAGUGCUUUUGAAAAAA